UUUACACACAAUCUAAUCAAACGUUUGGUCUGACGCUAAACCCUGUUCCCCCCUCAGUUUCAGAACACUUUUUCUUUGUAAAGUACUGACAGUAACCUCAUCAAUCUUCCACAACACGCUCCUUCAAAGUUCAAAAUUCUUCAAAAAUCAAUCCAAGAAACUCUCUCUCUCUCUCUUUUGAUCAAAAUAUGCAGUCGCCGGAAUCUUGCGUCACAGUGAGUUGCCCAACUACUCUAAUAGCCGACGAGGAUGAAGAGGUGGCAGAUAUGGAGACAUCUGUUAAGGCAGUGGAGGAAAUCUUGAAUUACAAAUUCAUUAAACCAAAACUUCUUGAAGAAGCCCUUACGCACUCUUCUUGCAUUGAUUCUAUUUCUUAUCAGCGCCUUGAGUUCGUUGGUGACGCUGCUCUUGGCUUAGCAAUUACCAAUUAUGUUUAUUUGGCAUACCCAGAACUUGACCCAGGUCAACUCUCUCUCCUCCGCGCUGCUAAUAUCAGCACCGAGAAACUUGCUAGAGUUGCUGUUCGCCACGGUCUCUAUAAAUAUGUCCGCCAUAAUGCUACCGCCCUGGAUGAAAAGGUGAAGGAAUUCGUAAUAACAGUGCAACAGGAAGAGCAAGCAGAGUUCCAUGGAGGAGCAAUGAAGGCGCCGAAGGUUCUUGCUGACAUUGUGGAAUCAGUUGCGGCGGCUGUAUAUGUGGAUUGUGGCUUUGAUCUGAAGAAUCUCUGGCUGAUAUUCAGAGGCCUCCUCGAGCCUAUUAUCACAUUAGACUUGUUGGAAGAACAACCGCAGCCUGUAACCAUGCUGUAUGAGCUUUGUCAGAAGGAUGGAAAACAAGUCGAUAUAAAGCACUGGAGGAAAGGAGAGAAAGACAUAGCUAGUAUAUAUGUCGAUGGUCAAUUUAUUAUCUCAGCUUCUUCUGAGAACAAAGAAAAUGCUAAGCUUCACGCAGCAAAGGCUGCACUCCAAAAGUUAGCUUACAAAUCUACUGGUAAGACGGAAACUGAAGUUGAACCAAAUUCAGAGAUUGACGGAGCAAAGCAGAAGCUGCAUGAGCUAUGUGGAAGAAAGAAAUGGCCCAUACCAGCUUACAGAAUAGAGAAACAGAUAGGUCCGGCUCAUGAUAGGAGGUUUAUAUGUUCUGUGCAAGUUCCAAUUGCUGAAGGCUUGCUUUUUGUGAAGGGAGAGGAGAAGUCGCGAGUAAAAGAUGCAGAGAAUUCUGCAGCUUCAGCGAUGAUUUGGGGUCUGCAAGAUUCUAACCUCAGUUAACAGUAUAUUGUUUUCAGUAGAUUAAAUAAUUUGAAUCUGUGGGCUUGGCUGAUGAGACUGCAGGGAAGGGUGUAAUAUAUUGGUAUAAUUUGAAAUCUAUGACUUGUUUAGUUUCUCCAGUGCUUGCUAUAAGUUAUGAAAUAUUGUCAUAGCUCUACAGAUAAAUUGUAGCAGUAGAGAUUGUACCUUUUACUAUGUAAAAAUUUAAUCCGAUACAAGGAA